AUGGAAAAUAAACAACUUCGCUCUGCAAGAAAUGAGCUUUUCCAACAGCUUCGACCUAAAUGCGUUGAACUCAGCCGUAUAGCCUUGCAAGAUAAUGCUAGCGUUGCAUGUCUCAAGGCUCAGAAGAUAGCUGUGGAAAGUAUACUCGGAGUUCUUCAAAAAAAAUGUCAGCAGACAGAUGGAACUUUUGAUGAGAAGUUAGCGGAUUAUGUCUUCUUCCCGCUAUCUCAAGUCCUACGAUCAAAACGUAAAUAUACCGAUCAAUUAUCUGAGUUGACUAUUAAGUGCAUAAAAAUAUUACUUGCAUUUGGUUGGAGAAACUCUAUUUCUCCAGACUUGGCCAAGCAGCUUUUAGUCUUACUCACGUUUGUUGCCGAUGGUUCAUCUGAAAAAGAGGUAUCAUCAGUACCAGAAGAGGUUAUGGCUGAGGCCUACGGCGCACUUGCACUAUUAUUUCAGAAUCUGACACAUACCUUUGGAGGUACGGGCUUUGUUUCAGAUCCAGGGACGUUACUUGCCCUAGGACAUUCAGUAUCAGUGAUGUUAGAUGGUAUCACAAACGGACCUACACCGGGGGUUCAAAUUGAAGCUCUAAUAGCUUUAGAUAAGUUAUGGCAUUGCAUCCAAGACCCAGAAGUCUUCCCAAAGUUUCUUCCAGGUGCCGUCUCAGCUCUAACGAAGAGUUUAACGCCGUCAUCAGGGCUUCGGAGAUCAAAAAAGUUCAUUGUUCAAGCUUUGAAAGUAUUUAAGCAUAUUCUCACCUCAACUUUGAAUGAUGUUCGCACUAGUACCAUCAAGAAAAUAUGCCCGAAUAUAGAAACUCCAUCAGUAACGGAUCACAAAAAUACUUUACUUACGGCCGACUGGCUUAAAUUAACUACAGAUAAAGUAAAAUUAGCACUUUCGGUCGUCACAAAAUUGCGCAACCAUCAAUCGGAGGAAGUGUGCCAAGCUCUUAAUAAAUUCUGUCUUUCUAUUCUAGAUGAAUGUCAUUCUACAUUAACUGAAUCUUCUCGCAUACUGGUAGAGACUUGCAUGACUUUGAAUGGAAUAAAUUGUGCUGAUAUAACUUGUGAAAGAACAACAAAUUUAACAGACCUUGCCCUCAUACACCCAGACCUUGCGGAUGUUGUCAGAGACGUAAUGUAUGAAUGGAUUACGGAUCUUCCAAGAGUGAUGCAAGCAAACGAUGAGGCAGCAAAAGUUUCAGUCCUUAGAAAACUGUCAAGAACUCAAGAAUUACUAGUGGAAUUGAACAUAAGAUCACCAAUUCUGGAAAAAACGCUCCACAACUCUCUACGUGAUAGCAUCACAGUAGCAACAGAAUCAUUAGUGUGUUCAAGAGCUCUAGAGGAAAUUGAACUCAACCUAGACAGCCAAGCUCUAUCGACUUGGAUCAUGCUCGGCUCUAGCUCAUUAGAAUUUCAGCCCACUAUUAUGCUUCAUGAGUGUCAGACAUACACUCGAAAGGAACUUUUAAAUUUAGUAGCUAGUGUAGGAACAAGGCUAUUAAAGAUUGAAAUGGCAAAUGACAUGCUUGAAUAUACUAAGUCUGCUUCUGGAGACAAUGUUCUUUCAGCUUAUUGGCUCUGUUUCCAACUUCUCAAGUCUUCAGCAUCAACAAACCAGGAACCUGAUGAGCUACUUGAGUCUUCUUUAACUCAUCAUGAUCAGCAUAAUAUAGUUGAGCAGGAGCUUUUCUCAUAUUCACUAUCUCAACUAACAACAAACAAUGAUGAAAUUAGAGAUUGGCGUCUUCAACUCGUUGCAAUAGAAGUCAUAGCCGAAAGAGCCAAAAAAAUGCAGCGCAAUUUUAGACUUGAACUUGUUGACGCCCUUUAUGCUAUUGUUCAAAUUCUGGGAUCUCGAAAUCCACGCUUAAGGGGGCACGCAAUUACUUGUCUCAAUAUUAUAUCCCAGUCUUGCGGCUACAACAGCCCAAGUGAUCUAAUAAUUGAUAAUGUAGAUUAUAUGGUUAACGCCAUUUCUUUACAACUUAAUUCAUUUAGCAUAGCUCCUCAAGCUCCGCAGGUACUGGUAAUGUUGAUACGUUUAACUGGGCCGAGUCUUAUCCUCUAUCUUGAUGAUUUAAUAAAAACUAUUUUUGCAGCGCUCGAAAACUAUCAUGGAUAUCAGUAUCUUGUUGAUGUGCUUUUUUCAGUCCUAAUGGAGAUAGUAUCUGUCGGAUCAAAGUCAGCCCAGCUUCGAAUAGCCAACGGUGAACUUACCUUGGAUCAUUGCAAAAAAUCACCUCCUAUCAUAACAUUAGAAGAGAUCAUAGAGACUUAUAUAUCUCCUAAACCUAGCUCAGAAUGUGAAAUCGUGCCUUCACACGAGCCUUUCCCGGAGACCCCAUGGAAAGCCGAUGAGCCUCCUCACGAACUAUGUACACCACCUCAAUGCAACGAGGAUCAUACUGAGGCGAUUGAAAUUCAGAAGCCAGCGCCUACUAAGACCUACCUAGCUCUUCUUUCUAUAGUCCGCACUACCCAAUAUUUUCUGACCUCGCCAUCGCCCAUGCUCCGCUCGAAAUUACUUGGGCUUGUCUCUGAAUCUGCGAAUGCCUUAUCAUUCGACGAAGAUAGCUUCCUGCCUCUAGUGAACGAUGUGUGGCCUGUGAUUAUCAAGCGACUCUAUGACUCGGAACCUUACGUUUGCAUUGCCGCAUGCCACACUGUUGCAAACCUUUGUAGGGGCGCUGGUGACUUUCUCGCAUCACGCAUAAGUACCGAAUGGUGUGGUUUAAUGAAACUGGCUAGGAUCUCAAAACAGAAGGCUACAGUUAGGAGCCAGGGUCGAGGAGCGAAAAACAUAUACAGCCAAGGGAGUCAAAUGUGGGAGGCUAUUCAGGUGCUAUUAACUGCUGUCGUAAGAUAUGUAAAAAUUAUGGACAUUAUGUAUGACCAAGUGCUCGAACUAUUCGGCUCUCUUGUUUGGGAGAGGCCAGAGAUUCUACAAACAAUGGAGAAUAUCAACGCAGAUGCUGUAUGGCUGGCCAUGCAAGGUUCACGCGCCUCAUCGGUAUUGACAACGCCCAACCUUAAAAAUUACAAGUUCGCAUGUCAAUGA